GACAAAAAAGAUGGCAGCGAUUGCCGACUGCUGUCCUUAGAAUUUAUUGCGAAAAUGGCGCAUUAUGUGAUAUUUUCACAUAAUUUAUUAAUUAUAAGUGAAAAUUUGUGUAGUGCUGCUUUGUGAUAGUGUGUUAAUUUACAUGAAUGACAGUGUUCUUGUGUGUAAACAGGACUUCAACUUUCUUCUGGAUAUUGGAUUACACAUAAAAUAAAGACAAAAUGGUGGUCGGAGAAGCGAAACGUACCCAGCCGACCAACAUCAUGGACGGCAUAGAGAAUACCGGCGACGUCCGGCUCCAUGACCACAGACUGCGUCUCAAACAGAGAUUUGAUAUAGUUAGAAAAUUAGGACAAGGCACAUACGGUAAAGUGCAGCUGGGUAUAAACAAGAAGACCGGUCAGGAGGUCGCCAUAAAAACGAUAAAGAAAUGCAAAAUAGAGUCGGAGGCGGACUUGGUGCGCAUUCGACGCGAGGUGCAGAUCAUGUCCUCAGUCAGACAUCCCAACAUCGUGCAUAUAUACGAAGUGUUUGAAAACAGCGAGAAAAUGAUUCUCGUUAUGGAGUACUGUUCCGGCGGGGAACUAUACGACUACCUCAGCCAAAAGAAAGUAUUAGAAGAGGAAGAAGCAAGGAGGUUGUUCCGACAGAUCGCAACAGCUGUUUACUACUGUCACAUACACAAGAUCUGCCACAGAGAUUUAAAAUUAGAAAAUGUUUUACUGGACGACACUGGUAGUGCUAAGAUUGCCGACUUCGGUCUAUCGAACGUGUUCAAAGAGACCUCGUUAUUGUCUACAUUUUGCGGUUCGCCGCUUUACGCCUCGCCCGAGAUCGUUAAAGGAACACCAUAUAUCGGACCAGAGGUUGAUUGCUGGUCGCUGGGCGUGCUGCUGUACACGCUGGUGUACGGCGCCAUGCCCUUCGACGGCUCCAACUUUAAGCGCCUCGUGCGACAGAUCAGCAACGGUGACUACUACGAACCUAAGAACCCAUCUACCGCGUCUCCUCUUAUACGCGACAUGCUCACAGUAGAUCCGCUAAAGCGCGCCGACAUUGCAUACAUUUGUGAUCAUCCAUGGGUGAACUCCGGGUGCCCCUCAUCGUGCCUGGAGCUGGCGCAGGCGCUGGCCGCGGAGACGCCGGUGCGGCUCGACCUGCUGCUCUCCCUCGCGCCCGCCGCCGCCUCACACACUAACUCUGUAGUCGUGCCCACUGAGGCUGAACUCGGCCCUGAGGAAAGUUGCACCGACCUGACCAGCUCCACGUCUAUCCCGGUGGAGCCGAGCAAUUCUGCCGAGAAGAGGAUACUAGAACUAGUUGCAGAAGGUGGCGAGGACGCAAUAAAGCCGUCGCCGACUCGCACGAUCGUGUCUGCAGGCGACAACAAGCGCAAGCUGGAGCUGGCCAUGUCUGCCAGCGGCUUGCACAGGAAGAAGGAGAAGGUCGCCAGCUGCGCGAGCGUGGCGCAGCUGCCGGCCGCGCUGCCCGAGGAAGGAUCCUUGGACUCACCGCCCGCAGACGAGGACCUACCAACUGAGCCGCCCCAGCCAUGUCUUAAGUCGUCCGCCACGAUGACUAUAACGCCGGCGCCGGUGGAGCUGGCUAAGGACGCCACCGUUGACAUUGCCAAGAAAAUGCCCAAAGAAGAGGAAAUCAACGACAAACCUCGCCCUACCACCAACAAGGUCACUUCGCCUAAAAUUGAGGAGAAAUCACCUUUUGAAAAACAAGAGGAAAUAAAGGUGGAGGAGCAGAAACCAGCGUCAGUCGCAACAGCUACAGACAAACUGACUUCCUUGAGCCUGACACAGCCGACGCCGGUCGCCGCGCCCACUCCCACAAAACCCAAGAAAUUGUCUAUUGGUGGACAUGUGGGUAGUUUUAAAGAACAGUUCGAGAGACGCGCGUCUUUAACUUCUGCUCCGGAGAUAAAACGCAAUGUAUCUAAGCCAGUUGUUUCUAAGAUUGCCAAAGCCAAAGCUCAAAGUGAAGACAGAGAUCUGCCGGCCAAGUCUCCAGACAAUGGCACCGUACGGUUGCAGCAAAUCGGAAUAGAACCAUCUCAGCCUCCUGUGGAAGAGAUUCGGGAGGUGAGCCGCAGCGGUGUGAAGAAAACUGAGAGCGAGCCAAUGCACAACACCACGCAGGUCGACCCCACAGUGCUGCUGCAGGACGCUAGGAGAAGUCUCCAGAACUCGAUGGCUAAACUUGUGGAGGAGAAAGCGGGUGAGGAAAGCCGCAGACGCGCCGCUCGCGAUAUUAUCUCAUCCGCCAUUCGCACUGGCAAGCCUCCGAUGCCGUACGGGCGCUCAUCGUCAGCGGGCGUGACGUCACUGUCCUCCCCACCCGGCACGCCCCCCGCCGCCCCGCCCACCGCACCCGCCGCACCCACCGGGCCACGUCUCUACCGCACAGAGGCGCAACACCGCGUCGAUGAUCACCGAAACAGGGGUGUUUCCGUGGAACGCAUAAUACCUAUCCACAUGCCUACGGAAGAAGGCACCACGACCCUGCCCCGCCCCGCGCAGGCCGUCGCCUCGCCCAUCACCUCGCCCAUCACCUCGCCUGUCACGCCGCCAGUCGCCCCGAGACAGCAUACGCCGCUCAGACGGCUGGCAUCAACUGAGUCGCCGAGUAGCGAGGCGUGCAGCAGCCCCGGGGAGCCGAUCAAGAAGUCGGCGCGCGAGUUCAUCAUCCCCAUUGCGGUGGAGGGCAAGGGGUAUGUGACACCUCGCCAGCGCAGCCUCGAGCCUGAGACUCACACCUCGCACACCUCGCACACCUCGCGACUUGCGCGCACACACAAACCGAGACGCAUCAGUAGUCUCGUCAGCGGGGGUGAAUCUGAAGAGGAAGAUGAUACUCAUAUGCAUAGGCUGAGGUCGACUCGUGCAGCGCGCGCGGAGUCUGUGAGCUCCGGAGAAGAGGAUGAAGAGGACGAAGGCUUCCACCUGCUCACCGCGGAGAAUCUCUUCUCCACGCUCUUGCACAGGGUGCGAGCGCUGACUCAGCGGCUGAAUGGUGAGGAGGGCCCCGGUUUCCCGCAGCAUCCGCACUCGCUCUUCAACAACCUGCAGUCGCCGUUCUUCAACAGACGCGAGGGCUGGGGCUCGCGAGAGCUGCACUCCGACUGGGAGUCCAUGUUCAACAAGAGCCGGCAGCCGAUGCCAAGAGGUAGUUGUAAGAAAGCCGGCAAGAAGCAACAAACGACAAAAGCACAGCAAACGGAAACGGAGCGCGGUUUAGAUCUGUCGGACUUGGACUUGAGCUCGAUAGAAUUCUCGGAGCGUGAGAUGGCCGCGCUGUCGGGCCUCACGCCCGCGCUCUCGCGCCGCCUGCAGCAGCAGCUACUCGCGCACCUGCCGCCCGCCGCCGCGCGCUCGCUGCGCCGCACGCUCUCGCUGCACGCCGCGCCGCCCGCCGCGCCGCCCGCCGCCACGCCCGCGCCCUCCGCGUCUCACACCCGCCAUCGCGCGCACCGCAGCCACUCCGCCUCCAAGUACAACGAACCGACAAACUCCGACCUCCUCCACCGACUCGCGCCCGUCGACGCGUACAACGACAAUCAACCACGCGCACCCACUCCCAAACCGGAUAUCAAGUCGGAACUCGAAGAAAACAACGCCAACGAACAAAUCCGAGAUGAUGCUGAAACUAAAGGCGUCCAAUGUCGCUACCUGCGGGGUCGUUCCGUUAAAUCCAUCGAUGAUGAUACCUCCAAAGACAAUACACCGGUGCAAAACACCGAUAGAGCUGCUUCUCACUCACCAAAGAAUGAUUCCAAGAGAGUUGACGGCCCCAUAGCAGAAAACGAAAAAUCGGAAAGUAUAAAUAGAAAUGAUGAUAUGAAUUUAGCAACAUCUUCGCAUGUAGCCCAGUAUUGUACGCUGCCCCGUCUCAAACGAAACUCUGUAAAGUCUCGUGACUCCACAUCACCUGUUUCUGUCACAGAUUCAGUAGGAUAUGAUUUUUCAGCUAAAAAUGUUGUAGGAAAGGAACCCUCAACUUCCAGAGCAAGUAGUAUUCGCAACUCGCAAGAUCGUCCGCUUCUUAGCAAAUAUUUAAUACCAGAUCGACAUUCAUCUUUAGACGAAUCGUACACUUCUGAUACGGGAAGUAUAAUAUCAGAACCGAGCUAUAUCGCCGCAUACGGUACGUCGUCUUUGGGCAAUUCAUCAGGUUUCAGGAGACAUUCGAUGAGGCUCCCGGGUGACCAACCCAGAAAACGCAUUUCGAGGUUCCUUAGGUCAGACUUUUAUGACACUCCCCCUGACGAUAGUCUUUACGCAAAACACAAAAUGGAAAAAGAAUUAGAAACCCAAAAGAUUCUUAAAGAAAUACGAGAAAAGAAAAACAAAUCAUUGGAUUCUCCAAAAAGCCCUGUAGAAAGUAAUGAAUCGUCACCUUUAAAUAAGGAUGACUCGGCUUAUCUUCGUAAAUGCUUAUCGCCAGUAGGUAAUUUAUUAAGUAGAGAACGUAGCAGAUCUACUACACCAUUUUUCCCGAUUUUAGAUAAUAUCAAAGAAACUAAUUUAGACACUUCAUUGAUGAUGACAGAUUCAAAGAAAAAUAUUAAAAGUGACUUGCGUAAAAGUAGUUUUACUGAAGAGAAACUUCAAAACAAAGAAUCAAAAAUGGCAAGACCUAAGAGCUAUCCAGUAAAAAGUUUUAAUUCGUUAGAUGAAACUAGUAAAUCUCGAGCACAGGAAACAGCCGAAACUAUAGAUCGCGAAAGCGAAGAAAGGAAAAUAACACGAGAAUCUAAAUUAAUACGCCCAAAGAGUUAUCCUGCUAGCACACCAUCGCCAGAAAAAAUGAAUUCCAAUAAAAGCGGAAAAAAAGAUGCUUUAAAAGAAUCAAUUACAUCAAAAGAAGAAAUUAAUAAGAACGACAACAAAACUGACGUGGAGGUAAGCUUUAACUUUACGUUGCCCAAGAAAAAAAGUCUAAUUACGAAAUCGGAAAUUUCAACUAAGAAUACUGAUUUAUCAGAGCACAAACCAGAGUUUAAACAAGAAGUUGCCGCGCCGACACUUGUACUGAAAAAAUAUAAAGUAAUAAAUGAAGAUUCCGAUACUCACACUGGAAACGGUAAAAUCGUUGAUAAUGCCACAUUAAAUGGGUCUGUGGUGGAAGACUCGAAAGUCGGAGAAAUCAAAAAAUCGGACAGUGAUACCAACAAAAAAACCGUCAAAAAGAAAAUUAUUAAAAAAGUUUCCUCAAAAUCAAAGACUGAUGUAAUUAGUAGUCAAGAAACCAAUGAUGGUACCAAGUCAACUGAUAAGAAAAAAGUAGUAAAGAAAGUGAAAGAAAAAAGUAACGAAGACAGUAAAACUACAACAACUGUAAAAAAGAAAUCUGUUUUACAAUCCAUAGGGCAUAAAUUAGAAAAAUUAGCUUCGUCAAAGUCGAAUUCCCCAGAAAAAUCAUCUCAAAGUAGUAUUGCAUCAAAAGAUCUGAAGAAAGAGGGUUCCAAAAUAAACAGAUUACAACGAGAACAAUCUGUUCCCGUAGAGACCGAUCCUCCUACCGAAUCUAAUCUUAUCAAAAGAGCCGUCACUCUUACAGAUGUUGCCGCUUUAGACAGUCAAAAUGUACCACAAAAUAAAACCACUGUUUCCAAAGUUCUAGGACUCUUCAAAAAAUUUGAAUCAAAAGAAAAAAGUCCGAAGUCUGUUAUCGAAAAUUCUGCAAGCGAAAACACUAUUAUGAGCAAUACUAAUAGUAACAAAUUUGAUACAAGUACCGAUACGAACUUAGAGAACGAAAAAGAUAAACCUAAAAGGCCAACUUCAUUAUUAUUAAAUGGCUUAGGACGUAAAAAUAAAUAUAAUAAAUCAGCAAGCGACAGUGUUUCCGUUACUUCAUUAGAAACAGACGAGCAGCCAGUACUUAAGAAAGACCGUGAACCGAAAAGUGUUAGAAAUACUUUAAAAUUAGAUUUCUCCAAAUUGCCAAGAGUUAAAAAAAUAGUUCCUACAAAUUCUGUGAUAGAACCGCAAAUUAUGAGUUUAUCUUCGACUGAAAAGGAAACUGAAAAGAAAAAUAUUUUAGAAAAAAAUCAAACGAUAAUCGAAAGUAAUGACACAAACGAUACACAUUCUCGCAGUCGCUCAAGAAGCAGGUCGAUCUAUUCUAAUUCCGAUGUUAAAUCUGAACACAGUGCAGAAAUUAAAGGCGCAGAUAAAUUUUCUGAAACGUUCACUGGAAACUUGGCUCUUAGACCUUUGCGCAACAAGGAUUCUAUUAGUCCCGAAAAGGAAGACAUUGUAGAUAGAAUUCGAAGAAAAAGUUUUUAUUCCAGAUUCAAUGAAAAAAAGCAAAGACGAAAAAGUAGUUUAGUUGGUCCUGGCGCCACUGAAUAUGAUCCCGUGGCGAGGCUGCACUCACAGCCCACGGAGACCAAACUGGACGUCUCUCCCUCGUCCCCCAUCAACUACGACCUGUCGCCCGGCUACUCCAUCGCGUCAGACUUGUCACCGUCCAACGACCGCUACAGAUCCCUCUUCACUGAUCUUCCAAGUGCACGGGGUUUAAGGUACGAUAGCAUCAAUGAAAAAGUUGACACAUACCGGUCACUGGAUCGCAAUGACUUCAGGAAAUAUUCAAGCGGCAGGAGUUACCUAGAUUACGAUCAACCAGGAACUUACGGCGGUCAUAGGUACUCGCGAACAAAAUCUCUACUGGAAAAUUGUGAUAUUAACGAGGACCACGGCUUAAGUCACCUCAGAGACCCUGUAAAAUACAGUAGGACUAAUUCUUUGUACACUCCUGGGAACUACGCCACAUACAGACCGAAAAGAACGAGGAAUUCCGCUAUUAUAUUAAAAGAAAGCGAAAAGGAACCGAGCCCCGAAAAUAUACUUGAAAAAAUAAGGAAUAGAAAGAUCUCAAUAAGCGUGACGAGGAAAGCCGACUCUGAGGAUUCACUUCCAAGAUCCAAUGUCUCAUCUAAAAGCGAAGGCGACGGUGCAGAACGCUCUGAGAAAACUGACUGAGCGACGCUACUGAGCUCUCUGCGAGAUACAACAUCGAUCGUUGGUCAUCAAACUUUAGCAUUUUCAACAGCCCCUACAUAUAAUUUAUUUAUUGAUAUUAGAGUUGUAAUUAGUUCAAAAUCUUACACAUUUUUCAUAAUGAAUCAUCAAUUGCUUCUUGCUGUUUAUUUAAACUUUUAUUUAUAAUAGUUCUUGCCAUUGAGCUGUAGUAUGCAUUUUACACGUUUAAGUUAAAACGCAAGAAAAUACUCAAAAGUAAAACUAUUAUUUUGGAAUUGAACUUUCCUUAAACUUAGUCAAGAAUAACUAUUAAUUUACUUGCAACGUAAAUGAAGUGUCUGAACUUAUAAUUAAGAUAAGGCGUGAAAUAACUUUUCUAAUAUUUUAAAAUAAGCGAGGAAUUGCGUCUAUUGAUAUGACAGUAACAGUAUGAUAUGCUUUUUAAAAUGGAAUUGCCCAUAAAGUUAUUUAUUAAUGAAAGUUGAAAAUGUUUUGCGAAUAAUUAACUUUUUUAUGAAAAGUUAUAUGAAACACAUCUUACGUGCCUUUAUACAACAUAAGCGACUGGAUUUUAUAUAGAUUAUUACUAGAAGAUUGCGACACGAUUUUUUGUGUGUUUGCACAAAUAUGUAACGCUGGAUAUUUUUAACUUAAGCUGUUGUAAUUGACUUUGUAUGCUACCGGAGUCAACUUAAUUUAUAAUAUUAACAUGAAAGUAUUGAAAGCUAAGUCACGAAACAGUUAUCGAAUAGAAUGGUGCUUAGUUGAAGAUUUUCUUAGAACAUAAUUUGUAUUUAUAGAAUAUGUUAAAGAAUUUUUAGGUACGACUAUAAUAUAUCAACGAAAGUUUUGUGUUUCCUUUCACACGUAAUUUAUAUUUUAAUUGUAAUUUU